AUGCCGGGCACGGGCCCGCUCCCCGGCGCGGAGCUGGCCGUCAGCGAGCUCGAGGAGCACUCUCUGCUCCUUGAAAAUGGUACACAAAAGGUUCUGGAGCUCGGCGCAAAGUCGAAGGUGGGAGUGAAGCAUGCUGCCGUCACCACCUGGCUGUCCGUCAGCCCCAACGGAACGGCCGCGCUGCUGGAACUGGGUAAGCUCAAGGUCACCCACCAGCUGGGAGUCCAGCUGCGGGACCUCAGGCUGCUGGACCCCCAGCUGGCCAACAGCUACCCCUCGGCCAUCCUGGCGCGCGACCGCGCGCUGGUCCUGAACCUGGAGUACAUCAAGUGCAUCAUCACCAUGGACAUGGUGUACGUGACGGGGCUGACCAGCCCCCUCACCCUCCAGUUCGUGCACGGCAUGCAGCAGCGGCUGGCGGCGCGGGAGGCCGGGGCGGAGGCGGGGGGCCCGCACAGCGCACGCCAGGCGUUCGGCGGGGACCUGAAGGACGGCGGGGUCGCGGCGCCCUCCCACCUGCUGCUGGGAGGAGAUGGGGAGAAGAGGGCCCUGCGGCCCCCGCCCCAGGAGCUCCCCUUCGAGCUCAAGGUGCUGGAGAUUGCGCUGGAGUGCGUCUCCGGCGAUCUGGAGCAGCUGGCAGAGGAGCUGGAAAGCGCGGCGCACCCCGCGCUGGACAAUCUGACCAGCAAGAUCACCACCAGCGCUCUGGAAAGGGUGCGCAGGAUCAAGAGUCGCAUGGUCCGCCUGAACACGAGGGUGGAGACGCUUCGAGAGGUGUUGGAGAAGUUCCUGAACGACGACUCGGACAUGAAGGACCUUCACCUCACUGCCAAGGAGAGGGAGUGGCAGGAGGCCCAGCUGCAGAACGUAGACUCCUGGCCGGAGCCAGGGCUGGGCCAGGUCCCCCUGGACCAAACCAUGACCCCCGGGGACGAGUUCGUGCCUGCGUCCCCGAGCUUCGCCCCCACCCCCGCCACCGGCCCCGAGAGCGCCAGGUGGAAUUUGGGUAAGCGCGGUCGGUCCCGCCGCCACUCCGACGCCUCCUCCAGCAGCUCCAGCAGCAGCUCCUCGGAUUCGUCCCUGGGCGAUGACGAGGACGUGGCCAUGGUGGAGAUGCUGCUGGAGCCCUACUUCAUGCAGCUAGACAACACUUACAACAAGCUGCAGACGCUGUAUGAGUACAUCGACGACACGGAGGAUUUCAUCAACCUGGAACUGGACUCCAAACGCAAUCAGAUCAUCAGGAUGCAACUCGUGCUGACGUCUUUCAAUGCCUCGGUUGCCCUGGUGACCGCCUUCACCUCGCUCUUCGCCAUGAACUUGGAAAUGAAGCCCGCCGACGAGUGGCCGGGGCAGGGUCCUUACGCCUGGUUCCUCAGCAUCUCGCUGGCCUCCGGCCUGGGCGCCAUCUUCUGCUUUGUCGGCGUCCUGGUGUACGCGCGAUACAAGAAGAUCCUGUGA